UUUUGCGCAAAAUCGCUGCCAAUUCGGGAUUCCUUGUCAAUAUAAUCUAUUUGAACUACUGCUUCAUUCGAUACGCCCAUCAGGAGUUAAAAUCGUCUUAUUCUAUCAGUAUUGAUGCGUUUGAGAUCUUGAUGAUCAAUAAUACUACUGCUCGCUUAAAAAAAAAAGAGGCUUGCAGAAAACGCACCACAUUUGCAAAAAAGCAAGAAAAGAGAACGAUAUUGGCAAGGAUCCAAUAAACGAAUAUCAAGAUGGCGGAUUCAAUACGAUCUCGCCCACACACACGUUCGCGAUCUCGCGUCCUUUCCACUGGUGGACAUCCUCCUGGAGCCUUUGAAAGCUCCAUUGUUGAAACACCCUCUCGAUUCGAAGCUGGUUUGAAUUCAGAUCCUGACACGGUCAGGCUGGCCCCCCGAUCUACUCGACAGCUUGAUGCUGGUUCUCUUGAUGAGAAUAAUGGACACCCAGGUGUCUACCGUUCGGGUGAGGCAAUAUCAGAUCAACAGAUGAAGCAUCUCAAGAUGAUGCUUGAGAUGGACAAGGGGAAGCAAAGAGUCUUAGAACUCGAACUACAACUGGAAAAACUCUGUCAACAGAGAUUCUCAUCCUUCACAGAUCAAUCACAGAAUGUCAACAAUCACUCUGUCACCACAUCAACAGCCACAUGGAAUCCUAAUCUCAGUGAAAGGUUGGAAUUCAACCUUUAUGAACUGAAUAGCCGUGUUGGCAAGGCUAUCUCCCAAUUCAAGGAAGAUGUCAAGAAUACUAGAAACAACAGACUCAGAACCCUCUACAAAGAGAUGAUGAAUGGGCACCAUUCUGGGACGCCAGAAACUGGUGUCAGACCACAUUUCUCCAAGUAUGAUGAAAAUCGGAUCGCUUAUACUCUAUGGAAUGCGAUCGAACAGGAAUACUCUGUCCUCAAAACACAGUUACAUCAUGAGGCAGUUCUGGAAUUCAUGUCUCUUGGUGGCAUACAGGUCAUCAAUCUACACACAUUCUUUGAUAAGUUCCGGUCCGCCAUCAUGAAAUUGGAGAUGUUGGAUGCUUCCCCCUCAGAUGCGUGGAUAUUUGAUACCUUCUACUCAGUCCUACCCAACAAUUGGAGGAAUUAUGUUCAGAAGAAGAUAGAGGAGAUACAGGAUUCCAAAUCCACAGCUGUGGUAUUGGAUGUUGAUCUUCUCAUGGAGGAAAUCCGUUCGCGGCUUGAUCCUCCAAAAGAUAAAAAGAACCUGCAGAAUAUAGAUUCUGCGGCUAACUCAGCUACAACAGCUACAACGCACAACCUGAAGGUCCUACCCAAUGCGGCCCGUAAAGCGGCUGCGGCGAUUCCUUCGGCGACACCAGGCCUACCCACUGCGGCCCGUCAAGAGAUUGCGGCGAUUCCUGAUCCAUCAAUUGAUAAUCUAUUCAUUGAUGAGGAAAUUCGACCUGAGUGUCCAUUAUUUCUCGUACCCACUAAUAAUUGGUGGAUUGACUAUGAUAUCUCCGCGAGAAUACCUACCCUUUUAGUGCAGAAUACACUGAACUCCCCAGAACCCACAGUUGAAUCUGAUGACCCUCCGACAUCUACAAGGGAUAUCACUAUAGUGAGGGAAUCAACAGUGGGGGAAUCUUCAGUGGGGGACAGUCUUGAAGACCUACCCACCGAUCCCGAGAUCGCUGCACUUCCGAUCCUGAAAAACCUCACGCGCGCCAAAGCUUCCAUGGAAUGGAAGUAUUAUUACAAGGCCCGUGUUAAAGAGGUCAACCGUUUGAAAUAUACGCGUUGGAAAGAGAAUAUAAAGAAGAUAGAGGGAUAGAGGGAUAAAAAAUGAUGUAUAUCAUGACUGGUUUUUCAUUGCUACACAUUUUCCAGUCACUUUUUGUACCUGUACUUGAUUUGAAGGCGAAUUUUGUAUAUAGCAUCGUGUAUAGUUACUCUGGUGAGUGGGGGUGUCAGGUCACGUGAUCUGGCUUACUAAUCCUUCCACCAUAUAACUUUCCACAAGCUAGCAACCUUUCAAUCACACAAGCUUUACACCUUCCACA